UGUCGUGUCCCAACAGAAAUUUCUCCGCUCUCUCGAAAAUCGUAAAUCAUGGCCGAAUUACAGGAAUUCAAUCAAGCUGCCGAAGAUGUUAAGAAUCUGAAUACCACGCCCGCAGAUAAUGACCUUUUGGAACUCUACAGCCUGUUCAAGCAGGCCACAGUGGGCGAUUGCAAUACCGACAAGCCCGGUUUCUUGGACUUUAAGAGCAAGGCGAAGUGGGAGGCCUGGAAUGCACGCAAAGGAAUGAGUAAUGCCGAUGCGCAGGGCGCGUAUAUAGCCAAAGUUAAGGGAUUGAUUUCCUCCGUAGGACUAAAGUCUUAGGAUGGGAUACGAAUUAUCGUACAUCAUGAUAUUAUUAUAUUAAUGCAUUUUGGAAUCUCACAUGUCGUAAAACGCACAAGUCUUGAGUCUUUUCCGCACAAAAAAUAUACUCACACAUUGAAAUGUA